CAGUUUAGCUGUAUUUUUUCUUUAAGUGCGUACAUUAACUUUUUCCUGGAAUAAGGCUGAUGAUGUGGGCAUUCAUCCUCAUUUUCUCCUCCUGUGUCGCAGCUCAGGUGGCAUCGCAAGAAAUUAAAGCGGAAUGUGAAGAAUUUCAAGGUCAUGAUUUUCCCCCAGUCAGCGCUGACGCUGCCCCGUCCUCCCUGGCGGACCUGAAGGUGAAGCUGGUGACGGUGGGAGGAAGAGACAUGCUGAACAUUAGCUGGGCAAUCAACAUCGACUCCAGCAUUGAUUACCUGAACAGCACCCGGAUCAUGAUUUCAGGGGAACCAGAGUACCGCUGUAAAUACAACCCACCUCCAGCCCAAAUAGAACGAUUUGCCAAAUUAAAGCAGAAAAUUUGGUUUCAUUUUUUAGUAAAAGCAAGCCAUGGAUUCUGUGAUAUACAAGCUGCCAAUCUCCCUUUGCCUCCUCUGGGCAGCGACGAUCCUGACAAGUACGCCACUAUAGUGAUCCCCCGUCCGAAAGUUACACCAAAGCCUGCUGAAUUUUCUCAAGUUACACCAGAGCCUGUUACAACUUUUCAAGUUACACCAGAGCCUGUUACAACUUCUCAAGGCCUGAAAACAAAAGAUGUCAUCGUUGCAGUUUUUGGAAGCCUGGCUGGUUUGGCGAUCCUGAGUUCCUGCUACCUGAUCUACAAAAACUAUAGAUCGAACGUUGCCGCGUCACUGGGUUUCCAGAACUUACCCGACGCGGUUCCCGUCCCCGUCCUCGUGGUCUACCCGGCUGAGAACUCGGCCUUCCAGCGGGCCGUGGUGGCGCUGGCCGAGUUCCUGCAGUGGCACGGCGGCUGCAGCGUGGCCUUCGACAUGUGGCACCAGGGGAAGGUGGCCGAGCUGGGGCCGAUGCGAUGGCUGGCGGAGCAGGUGAAGGCGGCAGACCGAGUGCUCAUCAUCUGUCCAGGAGUGGAGACGACCGUCCAGUGUCCUCCUCACCACAGCUUUCCAGAACCCUCCAUCCCGGCUGCAGCCCGUGACCUCUACCCUCUGAUCCUCAACAUGGUGGCGAGCCACGCAAAGAGCGCUGGCGAGCUGGCCAAGUUCUGGGUGGUGCAGCUGGGCGAGCGGCAGGACAAGAAGCCGUCCACCUUGGCGCCGGAGCUGAGGACCUGCAGGACUUUUCGUGUGAUGAAGGAUCUAAAGAAGCUCUGCAAGGGUCUUCAUGAUGCAAGGCAGAGUGACAGGAAGAUAUCAGACCUUCUGCUCAGACCGGGAUUCUCCUACAGUGAGAAGAGCGCUAAAAAGUUAAAGGAAGCAGUGGAGAUGCUGAGGGGGAAUCAGACAAGCUCUUCCAAAGAGACACAACCACUGAGAUCUGUAAUCAGCUCCGUGUGAACAUCUGCUAGGAGAACGUUGUGACUGAUGGAGGAAGAAGAUGGGUUGGAUGAUUAGUGCAUAGCAGACUACUGAUUUUUACCUACUGUUGUAAACAGUGCAGUUAAUUAUUUAUUUUUUACACAAAGAUAGACAGACAGAUGAUUAGAAAACCCUUGUGCAGUUAUGUUAGCACACGAAUAAAAGUGGGAGUUGUCAUGGAAAACAUGGAAUUGUCUGGAUGACCCCAAACUUCUGAAAGAUAAUGUGUUGUGAAACAUUUUGGACAAUUUUUGAGUCAGUUUCAAAGUAUUUUGGACCAAUUUAGAGUCUGAUUGGACAUUUUUUGCCUGUUUUCUAGUGAGUUUGGAUCGUUUUUUGUCAUUUUGGAUGAGUUUUUAAUCAAUUUACACAAGUUUCGAGUUAUUUCGGACAAAUUAUGGAUCAUUGUGGAACAUUUUGGAGCCAUUUUAGACCAUGCUUGAGACAUUUUGGAGAUUUUAGUUCUGAAUCCUUUAGGACAACGUUGGAGUCAUUUUGGACAACCUGGACAAGUUUUUAGUUCUUUUGGACCAUUUUUGAGAUGUUUCAGACAAGUUAUUGGAUGGAUGGAUGGAUGGAUGGAUGGAUGGAUGGAUGGAUGGAUGGAUGGAUGGAUGGAUGGAUAGAUAUAUAGAUAGACAGAUGAACCGACGGAUAGGUUGAUGGAUAGAAGGACAGAUAGAUGGCCGGAUGGAGGCACCAAUUAUCCUCCUCUCCUACCAGGUGCAGCUGGAGAACCACACCAUACAUCCUAUGAUCCUAAAAGUCCAACCAGGGACGGGAGUUGAAAAUUAGCUCAACACUAUACACUCUAUAUGUAGUGCAUCAGUUCUAUGAUAAUUGCAUGGUCCCUGAUCCAAUAAAUGAAAUGAAAAUGGGGUGCUGGUAGAAGUUGGUAGAUGUUCUGAGGGUCUCUGCUGGGUCUUUGUCAGAGUGUAGCUCCGCUGAGAGCUCCCACAUAUCAUAUGAAGAUAUUCACCGAACCAGAAAGACACGGAGACUGUAACUUUUUACUUGCAAGGGUAACAGCACAGUGUAACAAGACACAUUAGUGCGAGCUACAAAGACUGCUCCCAUACGAAGUUUAUUUUAUACACAAGCAGAAACGAAAACAUAGCAUAAGAUAAGAAAUAGCUCGAGUUACACAAGGGGGUGUGCUAAGCUGUAAGAGUGGAAAUAUACUGACUAGAGGAGCAAGAUGUGUGUGUGUGGGUAUGUAAUGAAGAUUAUUCUAUAAAGACACUAUAUACAAUCAGUUAAUGCCCUAGGGCUUGAUUAUGAUAAAUAUAUUCUCAAAUUCAACUCUAACAGUCUUCUUCACCACUUCACUGGUGGUCACUCCAAACGCUGGAUCCUCUGAGAGAUCAACACCUCAGUACUUGAAACUCCCCUCCUGUUCCACCUCUUGUCCAGUGACUGGCAUGUGUUGCGUCCUUCUUGUGUUUCCUGAAGUCAGUCACAAGCUCCUUUGUCUUGUUGGUGUUGAGGAGGAAGUCAUUGUUCUGACAGCAGGAUGUGAGGGCCUGGACCUCAUCGUUAUGGUUAUCCACCCCACCACGGCGAUCAUCUGCAGAUCUAUGUAUGUAGUUUGUGUUGUGAGUAGGAGUGCAGUCAUGUGAAAAAGUGAGCAUAAGAGUGGACUGAGAACACAACACUGGGAGGUGGAGGAUGGUGUUUGAGGAGAUGAGGUCUCCAAUUCUGUUAGAGGAAUUUCUGAAUGUUAAUCUGAUGACUUAAUCUAUCUGUGUGUUUUUUUUAAUUAAACUUUUUUAUUUUAAUACACAGCACAUACAUGUAUCAUUUACUUUUGUGUACAUACUUUAUAUACAUGUCUUAUCAUCAAAACAAAAAAUUAUACUAAUAAUAAAUAAAUACAUAAAUAAAUAUAAAUAAUAAUAAAAACCUAAGUAGA